UCAUUGGCUCUCUAUCCAACCCGUCAAACUAUGAUCAGACCAAUAAACACAUUUUAUGGGUUCGGCCGACGAAGACACGCAAUCACACAACAGGCUCCGUUACGCUAAACAUUUGCAUGUGAGAGUGAAUAAAUACCACAGCGACGAAACUCUUCAACAUUCAGCAUUUUCUCAUCUGUGAAGAAGCAUCAUGCCUGAACCAGCCAAACCCGCGCCCAAGAAGGGCUCUAAGAAGGCCGUCACCAAGACCGCCGUUAAGGGAGGAAAGAAGCGCAGAAAGUCCAGGAAGGAGAGUUACGCCAUCUACGUGUACAAAGUGCUCAAGCAGGUCCACCCCGACACCGGCAUCUCUUCCAAGGCGAUGGGCAUCAUGAACUCUUUCGUCAACGACAUCUUCGAGCGCAUCGCCGGUGAGUCGUCUCGUCUCGCGCACUACAACAAGCGCUCCACCAUCACGUCGAGAGAGAUCCAGACCGCCGUGCGUCUGCUGCUGCCCGGUGAACUCGCCAAACACGCCGUGUCCGAGGGCACCAAAGCCGUCACCAAGUACACCAGCUCCAAGUAAAGCGCCGCUUUCAUCC